UUCAGUACAGUCCUCUGCAUCUACACAUAACUGAAUCCCUUCUUUCAGCGAGCUCAAGUCAAACUCAGCCAACCCCUUAAGGCUUCAGCUUUAAAAUAUUUUCUAUUUGUAUCUGUUCCUGCUCAACUAGGUCAGGGGGAUAUUUUUGCUGCACCCAUGAGUGGGAGAAUUAAGUGAAAUCGCCCUUGUCUGAGCCAAAUAGGAGAAUAUACAUCUACAGGCUGAUACAAGCCAACAGCUCAGCAGCUACCGUAAUGGAGAGGUUACGACCAAGCAGAUGCUUUUUUGUAGUUUUCUGUUGUAUCCUGGUUUUCUUCUGUUCACUGAGUUGGUACAAUAUGAAGGAGAGUAGAUGGCACCUCCGUGCCAUGUUUUCCUGUGAUCAACAUCCAGUUGAGAGCACAAUUUCCUCCUUGAUUGAGAACAAUGUCAGACUGGAUAGAAUACUGUACCCAAAGCCAGAGACCCUUAAACCUCCGAGGACCGAUGUACUGACUAUAGCUCCAUGGCUGGCGCCCAUUAUCUGGAACGGCAUAUUCAACUCUGACAUACUAAAUGCCCAGUUUCACAAAAGAGGUGUACGCAUUGGUCUUACAACAUUUGCCAUUAAAAAGUAUGUAAGAUUCAUGAAAGAUUUUCUUGAAACAGCCGAAAAGUUUUUCAUGGUGGGGCACAAGGUCAACUAUUACAUCUUCACUGAUCGAGCCCAUGAAAUUCCCAAUAUCACAAUCGGUGAAGGGCGGCACAUCCAUAUUAUAAACGUUACCGGCUACCAGAGAUGGCAGGAUGUCACCAUGAGACGCAUGCAGAUGAUUCGCGAUGAAACAUAUUCCCGUUUUAUCAACGAAGUCGAUUAUUUAGUGUGCGUCGACGUGGACAUGAGGUUCUAUGGCAGCGUCGGAGUUGAAAUCUUAGGUGAUGUGUUUGGAACUUUGCAUCCUGGUUUCUUUGGAGCCUCACGGCAGCAGUUUACCUAUGACCGUAAUCCAAAAUCUGUUGCUUGCAUUCCUGUAGAUGAGGGCGAUUUCUAUUAUGCGGGAGGUUAUUUUGGGGGUAAAAUUGAGGAAGUUUACAAACUGACUAAUUUCUGCCAUAGCGCCAUGAUGACAGAUAAAGCCAUUGGAAUCGAGGCACUAUGGCAUGACGAAAGCUACCUCAACAAAUACUUCCUUUAUUAUAAGCCGACCAAAAUCCUUUCUCCGGAGUAUGUGUGGAAUAAUUAUUACGGCUCACCGGCUGCCGUACAGAUAAAGAGGUUUGUCGGCGUUGAUAAGAAUUACGAUGAAGUUAGAUUUAGAAGAUAACUACGGGACCCUCAAAACAGGAAGAAGGAAGUCAGACAAUUCUUCCAAUAUUGCUACUUCCUAUUUCUUAUUUCCCCUGCCCUCAUACCAUGUUUUGUGUAACACGGUUAACACAGUUAACUUAAAUAUAUAAAUGUUCGCCAAAUAUCUCAGAUCUGCAAGAGGUUAAAUUCCUGACAGGAAGAAUCACUUGGACUGUACCAAAAUACUGACCAAAAGUGCAGAAUAUACCUUUGAAUGUUUUACUGUUAAUUAUGUUCUAGUUAAGAAAUAAAUAGUUCUAACAGAGCAGCUAACUUCUGUGGGAAAGAUCAUAGCCACACUCUAAACAGAAUCUUUACCAGACCAUAAUCCUUAAUGGACUUUCCCUUACCCCCUGUCUAUAUCCUACCAUUUGGUCUGGUCCCUCCUCAGUGCUUUAGUUCCACAGAAGAGGUAAGAUGUCUGUUACUGCUCUAAUCACCUCAAAAGUUUUAUGGUUGAUUUAAAGAGUUAUUCUUUUGCUGAAUCAACUUGUCUUACCUCCAGCUAUAGCAGCCUUAUGCUUUUAUCAGGUUAGUAGUGUGUAGCAUAUUCCCAAAGUGAUUAAUGGAGACAGGCAGAGCACAUGGGAUCUAAAAUGUCUGCCAUGAGAAAACCUGUAUGCUGUAAUCCUCACAGUUAUAAACUGCUUAUUGUACUAUGCUGAGGUUGUUAUGUACUAAUGUGCUAUGUAUAUUAGCUAUGUUGCUUUUCCUUACAUUUUCCUGUAAUAUGUCAGUGGGGGUGUAUUGAAUUAACUGCCUGUUGUAAUGUAGGUGGGCUGGUGGCCUGUGAUGUACCUGAAAUUGGCAGUGUUCUCCUUACUGUUUUACAGGUAUGUUUAUACUUUAUGUUAAACUUCCUCUGUUAUGUAAAAUCCACUAUACGAUCACUGUUCUGCUCCUCAGUGCUUUAGUUCCACAGAAGAGGUGGGCUGGUGGCCUGUGAUGUACCUGAAAUUGGCAGUGUUCUCCUUACUGUUUUACAGGUCCCCAGCAGACAGUGCCAAUCAAUAAAGCAUUGUAAAGUUA